AUGCGUCGUUUCAACUCGGAAUCUCGUCUACAACAAGAGACAACAUUCGGCGUCGCUCCGCCCAUUACUCCCAAUACUCCCACCACUCCCACCACAAAUCCAUCCCCGUACUCUCCAUAUCAACCCGCCGCUCGUCCCACUCCGGCCGCCCGUUUCUUCUAUCAUCGUCGUGCGGCGUCGACGGAUGCCGAUCCGAUGCCAGUGCCACGUCCCCGCCGUGUCACAUUCUCCCAACCGGUCGACACGAAACCACCGAUACCCAUACCAGUGACACGUGUUCAAACGAGUUCCAGCAAUAUUAACUCGAAAUUACUCAAAAAUCUUAUUUCCGGUUCAUCGGUCUCCUCAUCUCGACAAGAAGACCUCAUGAUGCAUUCCAAUAAUAAUAUCUUGCCACCGUAUUCCAACUCGAUUGGAUACUCCUCUUCUGCGUCGAAAAUCGCCCAGGAGCCAUUCCAAAUCCCCAUCUCAAUUCAAAUCGGAGACUACAAUGUAUGGGAUUUUCUGGCGGAAGUGAUGUCGAAUCGAGCCGCCACGUCAUCUGAAUUGUCGUCGUUCCGCCUGUCGCCCGCCUACUCUCUCUACUUGGCUCUUCGAUUCUUCCACGCCCACAAUAAGCCGUACUCGGUGCAAUUCUUCUCGAGAAUCGAGUCGAAUUUCAAGCAAAUCGCUCAGGAAUGCAAUUCGAAAGACGAUUUGAUCUUCUGGCUUGCCAACGCCUCCGAAUUCAAUCAUCUCGUGGAAAGGGAUUCUGAGUUGAAGACGUCACGAUAUGGAAAGAUAUCGAUUGAAAUCGAGAGAAUAUUCAGAAGAUUAGUGCAGAUUCUGAAGGGAUCUAUUCGACCGGCCGCACGGAGUCUUUUGGAUAUUCAUAUGGAUGAUCGGGUGGCCACUGAAGAUUUGAUACAUCUUUUGGAUUCAACAAUGAGACAAGCGAGAGUCUGUGGUCUAAAUGCAGCGUUGACUAUCCAGUUGUGUGGACACCUUCUCCAUAUGGUCAACGCCUUCAUCUUCAAUAGUUUGGUCUCCGUCGAGUCUCCGGUAUCCGAGUUGACGACGAGACUCGGAAAAUGCUUACAGUAUCGCAUUGAAUCAAUUCACAGAUUCUGCGAGCGAAUGGGUGUCGAGCUGGCAGCCGAGUGUCAUUUGGAUAGAACUCGUCAGGCUGCAAACCUCCUAGCCGCCCAGAAAAACGACGUAGCGACACUCGGAUCCACGUGCUAUAAGCUGAAUAGUCUGCAAGUGGUGCAUCUUCUAUCAGGAUUCCAACCGGAGAACGGAGAGAUUCCGUGCGACGAUGACGUCAUUGACAGAAUCUGUCAUUUAGCUGAAAAACAGGCGGACGUGUUGACACUGGAGGAUGGACAACGAAUGACACUCGAGGAGUAUGAAGACUUGAAUCUCCCAUUCCUCAUUCCUCAAGAUGGAUAUUUCAUCGAACAAUUCAAAACGGUACCCGAUGGAUUACACCAAUACUUGCUGCAAUUACAGCAUAGAAGACUCUGUCACAGUGUCUCCAUGACCGGCCAACAGCCUCUCCAUCCACAGAUGACGUCAUCGAUGCACGCGAUGCAUAUUGGAUCUGAAAACGGAGGACAGAAGCAACAUCACUAUCCAUCACAUCAUCCACAACAACAGCAACAACCGAUCGUUAGAAGUGUUUCGCAAACGACGUUGACGAGUAUUCCGACGACUCAAUUUGGUGACAGUUUCGGAAGCGCCGCCUCCGAUACGAUAUCGAAAGUGACGUUGAGAAAGAAUGGCGGAGGAAUCGGAUUGAGUAUUGUCGCUGCUCAGGGAGUCGGCGACCGUCAAAUGGGAAUUUAUGUGAAGAAAGUGGUCGAAGGAACGCCAGCUGCACAAGAUGGACGACUCGAGACUGGUGAUCAGUUGUUGAGUGUUAAUGGACACUCGUUGAUUGGAAUCUCACAGGAAGACGCCGCCCGUCUCAUGACUCAAAGCGCCCACGAAGUCCACUUCGAAGUCCGCAAACAUGCCGCUCAUCGCAACGGACUCAGCAAUUGGCUCCAACCAACGACCUCCAUCACCAACGGCGGACAUUUCGUCGCCCCAUCCCCAUCUACCGUACCACCACCACAGUAUCCGCCGAGCUAUUCGAAUGUUGGACGUAAUGGAUCUUACGACGCUCCGCCACCACCACCGCCGAGCUACAAUCAGAGAUUCACAAGCCAACAACAACAAGUUCCGAACGGGAGAAACAGUGCAUUCGUGGCUCCGUUAUCGAAUUCCUCAUCAAAUGCAUCGAGUAAUCAUAUGCAACAACACUAUGCUCAUCAUAAUAUGCAUAGUGGAACGGUGGAUCCGAAUGCGAAUAAACACUAUCGAAGUUCAUCUGCAAGUGAUUUACAGCAAGAUCCGAAUGCCUCAUUCUCCCAAUCGUCGAUGACUGGAAGUGCUCGUAGCUCUCUUUUCGAUAAGCUCCCUUCCCACUACCGGCAUUCCACUCGUCCUACAGUAAUCCAGCCAACUCGACCUGGAGCUCAAUCCCCGUCGGCUCUCCGAAAGAAUGCCGCGUCACCGGCUAAUGUUUCGACAUCGACGACGAGCAACUUGUAUCGACCGACGUCGGCGUCGAAUCUGUUCGCUCCGCCCAGAAAUUCGGGAGGUCUCGUUGGAUAUUCGAGCAAUGCUGCCAGGGAAUCGACACAGGAUAUUCAUAGAGCGCUCAACGACCUGGAACUCAACUCUCCGCUCGCCCGUUCCACACCGAAUCAUGACGAGAGUUACAACAGUGGCAGCAGCUACCGUAUCCCACCUACCGUUUCCAACUACGCCCCACUUCACUCGGUUCGACCUGCAAGCAUGUAUGGAUACAACAGUCCAUCCUCUUCCUCAACGGCCACCGGAACUACAGUAAUCCCGACGGUCUCGUUGAGUAAUGGUGGUGCAUCUAGAAAUCAUCAGAAUACAACGACGACGACUUCUGUGAAUUCAUCUAACAAUACCUCACCCCGAGUGAAUGUGACAUUGGGUGGAGCUGUCAGCUCAUCGAGAUCUCAUAACAAUAUAAAUGGAUCAAUUCAUUCUUCUUCUCAGGAACCAGCCAUCGUUCGACCCGUCGAUUUGAAUAUGCCGAAAGCGGUGCCCGCGUCGAUUAAAGGAGCAGUGCCGACGGCGAUUACACAGGCUCUCCAAUUGAAACAAAACGGCAACGGCCCGGUAAUCCGUCAGAUCCGGCCACAAUCCGGACUCCGAGAACGUCUUCAAGACGCGGAUAUUCGAAAUCUGGAGAAGACGAAUAUCGCAUUGAUGAGCUACGAAGCAGUUAAUGACGAACUCGAUCGUCUCGAAUCGAAAGGAUCAACGAUGACAGAUGAGGAGCAGAGAAGAUUUCGAGAGCUUCUAAACGUCGCUCAUGAACAGAGUCGAGCGAGAAAAAUGCUCUCGGAGAUCAAGACUCCGCCCUCUCAUCAUCAAGAACGAGACAUUCCAAUCUACGUGCAAAAAGAGCAUCGAUCAGAGAGUCGACGGACGGAAACAAUGAUUGACGAUGUGCCUCAUUCGAGUUCAAGUGUUGAGAAUAUGUCACCUGUUAGUCCACCGGAGACGAGAAAAGUUCAAUUCACGGAUGAAAUCAAUCAAUAUCAGACGCCCACCAGCAAUAAUACAGCCAUGUUAUUCGCUGCUGAUGUGCCCGUUUUGGAUUCACCAGGGAUCGUCGGCACCAACGAAAUCUACCGUGAUCCCCGUCAACGUCGUCUCAACGAACUGCAGGAUCGAAACCGAAAUGAGAACAAUUCGGACGGUGCGAAGUUGGAUUUCCGUGACAAACAACGACUAUUCGCUCGUCAAAUCGGAGAAGACUCGAUUCCACGUCAACGAAUGGACGUGAGCAGUGCGCAGCGACUGAUAGAGACUGAUCUGAAUGCUGCAACUUCACCCAAUUCCACACAUCAACGGCCAUAA